GAAAAACAAGGCAAGCAACGUCAUUUCCGUCAUGACAAAAGAGCGCGGGUAAAUUUGGGAUAGUGUUGAAGUAAAGAGUCGGAGGAGUUUCUUUUUGUAAAUAAAUUAUAUCAAAACCACAUUUAGACACAGGAUGAGAACUUUGGAGGAGGUUCAGGCCACCCUGCAGAUCGCCAAACUGAAGGAGGAGGAUCUGCAGAAAACUAUCCACUGUCUGACUUUUGGAGAAAAUGUCUCAUCCGCAGACUACUGCCUGGUGGAGCUGGACGAAACACUUUGUAAACACAUUGAGGCUGGCCAAAGGUACGAAACUGUUUAUUAUUGAAGAAUUGGAUGAAUUAUGCUAAGACAAUACACCAGGGUCACAUCUGCUGAAUGCGUGUUGAUUUGUAGUCUCACCUUCUUUGGACAAAGUGGUCUGUGUUUGUUUUCACGUGUUUAAACUGUUUUCUGACUAAGAUAGUCUCACCCUGUUUCCUUUAACAAAUGUUUUGCUUGCUGUAAAUAUUUGAUAUGGAUCAUUUUAAGGGCUGAUCGUUUAUAAGCUAAAGGUUGACACCAACCCCAUCAUCCCAGUUCCAGGCAUUAAAUAGGACAAUAUUUAAUCCGUCAGUCUUGUUGCUAUUGCUCAUGUUGUUCGUCACAAAUGAGGCAAAUUAAGUGUCAGUUGCUGUCAUAACAAACAAAACACUCCAUAUGUGAACUUCUUAAAUGAUAGUAAGACACACUGAAAAACUGACUUUAUAAUUAUUCUAUAGCGUAUAAAUUAAGAUCAUGCCACUUGAUGGGUGAAUCAAAGCUCAAAAUUAAUGUUUGUGUGACAGCAGGUCCCCCUUUAUUCUUGUCAACAAAAAUGGACGAGGUCAGUAACUCAAACAGAUCUGUGAUAUUGCAUCACAAGAUGCCUGAUGUGGACAAAUGUAAACACACUUAAAUGAAAAGGGAGAGUUUUUGACCUCAUGUUGUAGCUCACAGAUUGAUGUAUAAAACUAAUUUAAAAUUAUCUUUUUUGGUCUGAACACAAUUCUAACAAAACUUAUGACAGACUAAAUCCACUUUCAAGAGUUAACAAUGUUUUUUUGUAAAUAAAUGUCUAACCCCUUCACCCAUGUGCUUCUAACCUUCACAGACUCCAUGAAUUGAUGCCCAUCUCCUAAAUAUUUGGUCACAUGAUCAAUUUCUUUUACCAUUUCCAAGCAACAGGGGGUGGCUCAACUUACCCCACUUUCCCCUUUUUUACAAAAUUGAUGUCACAUUUUCUUUUGUCUCUGUGCAGUCUAGUGAUUCGCGGGGAUAAGGAAGAGCGUGCAGUUCUCUGUAGCGGUGACAAGACCUAUGAUCUAAAAAUAGCCGACACAUCCAACCUGCUGCUGAUGGUACCAGGAUGUAAAACAGCUGACCAGCUAACCAACAGUCAGGACAGUACUCAUCUGGCGCAUACUCAGGUAGGAAAUUAGAUACACUUGCAAAUGUGACCUCUCAUGAAUCAAAGACACUAACAAUGUCCUGUCUUUGUUUCAGAUCUGGGGUUUCUGUAACAGCUACUGGGAACUACGUAAACACCGACCUAAGCUGAAGAAACUGAAGAGGCUGUUAAUGGAAAAUACUUACAAAGGACCUGCACUGGGGGGACAGGAGGAGGAUACAGAAAACAGGGUGAGUACAUUUCUAUAACCCCUUAAAGGAUGUUAUGUUUCUGUCUUGUUUUUAUUAUUAUUAUUGACUAAUUUGAAGUGUUUGUGCUGCACCUAUUGUCUGUAUCAGCAUUUGGUGAAGAGUAAAAUGCAUCCAUGUCAGUUAUUAUGUGCUGAGCAUGUCCUCUACUCAAUCAAAAAAGGGAAUUUACAAUCACAUAUUUGCGGGGAACUAAAUUAGAUGACUGUUGGAUAAUGUUUUAAUGUUCUUCUCUUUUGGAUGUAACUGGUGUUUUGUUUUCUCUUGUUACUAGUACACAAUGCAGGAUCUGUUGGAGAGGAUCCAGGCUAGUGAAGAAGAGAUAAAAACCCACCUAGAGACGAUCAAUGCCUGUCAGCUAGAUGGUAAACAUCUACAAUUUUCAGCAGUCUUAAAAUGUGUGUGUCAAAAACUAUUGUCCGGUUAGCGUGUCUUUGAGAGUAAAUACACAAAGAUCGAGCACUGAGUGUUUUAUUGAAAAAACAGAUAUGUACCACUGUUCAGAGAGGGGAUUUCUUUUUGGUCUUCCAGGCUACUGGCGCAUGCUGGAGUUUGACUACGAGAUGAAACUGCUCGGUCACGUCACCCAACUGGUGGAUUCGGAGUCCUGGUCCUUCAACAAGGUUCCCCUUGAAACCAGUCUGGAAGAGUUAGGUCCACUAGAACCCAAGUAAGUCUUUUUUGUGUUUGUCAUGCUAAUGCAACACAGCAGUAUGACGUAGAGUAACAUCUUUUGAGCCUGCUGCUGAGGAUAUGUUUAAGGGAGUGGUGAGUCUAAGAGGUCCUCUUCUUUCUUUACAGAGAGAUGAUCGAGCACUGCUUAAACUGCUAUGGAAAACGCUACACUGAAAAUGGUGAAGUAAAACAAACCUUAAGAGUUUUCUUUCAUAGACUGUUUGUUGAAUUAUGAACAUUGCAAAUCCAAACUGUACCUUAAUCUUGUACCUUCCUUCCUCUGAACAGAUCAAGUUUUUUAUUCAUUAUACGAGGAUAAAGUAUGUCGGGCCAUUGCGCUGCUGUUGCUGCAGAACGCCGUCAAGUUCAACCUGCGAGAGUUUCAGGAAGUGUGGCAGCAGAGCGUUCCAGACGGCAUGAGCACAAGAUUGGACCAGCUGAAGGUAAACAUGCUGAGCAGAAGGUGCAAAAAAUGGAAACAAGAGCUAAAGUAAUCUUUCUUUUAUUAUCUGUUAUGUAUUUCAGACGUCAGAUUCCAACAUGAUUUAAUUUCAGUCCAAGUCUAACAAUAUUAUUAAGAUCAGAAAAAGUUACCAGACAGACACAUUUAUCAUGUUUCUGAUUGUCAAAUGACAUACUUUAUUAAUGAUUGAUGCAGAGGAAAAGUAAAAUAAAAAUUGGCCUGAAGAUUUCAUUAAACGACAUACAGUGGGGAUCCCCAAGACCAGCCUGUUUUAAAAAGUUAGAUUCUUGCGGGACAUUGUAGUAAAUCCUCUACACCACAGAAUGCAGCAAACCACCAUAAUGCCAUUACAUCUACCAAGAUCCAAGAACUUGUUCACAUCUUAGCCAGCUCCAUUCCACACUAUGACUGUGUGCCGUUAUUUGGCAUCUAAAUGAGGCUAAAACUUCCUGCUACUUGUCUUAAGAGACUGGUUUAAGUUUUAGCUGCUCUGUGAAUCUACAGAGUAUGGCCUUGGUGGACCGAACUUCCCGUCCAGAGACUAUCAGCCUGCUGCAGGUGGAGGAUCUCUCCGAGGACACACUGGAGCGCUUCAACCACCUCUUCUCGCUCAGAGAGAAAUGGACAGAAGAAGACAUCACCCCGUACAUACAGUAGGUGUCAUCCAUUCAUCCUAAAUAUCAUGUUUUGAUGGAGCAGGAUUUUAGUUUGACCGUCACUUUUGAAGCUGUUUGAUGUGAAAUCAUACGUCUUCACUCACAGGGACCUGUGUGGAGAGAAACAGACCACUGGAGCACUGCUAACGAAACACGCUCGAUCCUCAAUGCAAAAUGGGAUCAAGGUCUUCAACUCCAGAAGGCCUGUGGCAACAUGAACUCAGCCUCUGUCAAGAACAGAUUAUUGUGGCUCUAACUUCCCAGAGUGAUGUGCUUUACUUGUUAACUUUACAAGUAUUUCUCACUCAACUUCUUUGUGUCAGUUCAACUUGCUUGCUUGUAAAGUGUUUAACUAAAAUAAUAAUUUUAAUUCAAAUAAAAAACUUUUCUUUUGAACCAGACUUGACGGUUCUGCUUUU